UAACGAUGAAGACUUACUGAUGUCGCGAUGCCGAGGUUGCUCCUUCUGACCCACGGCAAAGUUUAACGGGCCAUGACAUCAUCGGGUGAGGCCACCGCAUCAGGACACUCCAGAAAUUUAUAUCUCAAGAGUCAAGAUACCAGUUGCGCUUUACUCUCUCAUGAAGUUUCUCAGUUACCUAGUCCUUAAACCUGGGAUUUUGUUUCCACCCAGGACACGAUGCCUCCGCAACAACCCACUGGUGGCAUCACGACGGCCGACUGGCCGCAAGAGGCCCUCAGCGACCCGGCCUCGGCGGACCGGCGUCGCACACCCAUGAUGGACCAUGGGAUGAACACGGGGGUGCGGGUGACGGACGACGGACGCCUGGAUAUCAAGUUCCGCGGCCGAAAAUCCAGCCUCACGAACCUCCUCAAACACCUGGAAAAGUCACACAAACCAACCCCGGAAGACGUACGACGAGCAUCCCUUCCCCUGCCUUCCAUCGAGAAACCCGCACCCUUCCCACUCCGCCUCAACAUCGUUAUCCAAGUCGUCGGAUCGCGCGGCGACGUACAGCCCUUCGUCGCACUCGGCAUGGCCCUCAAAGAACGGGGCCACCGCGUCCGACUCGCGACGCAUUUAGCUUUUCGCGACUUCGUACAGGACCACGGCCUGGAAUUCUUCAACAUUGGUGGCGAUCCCGCCGAGCUCAUGGCGUUCAUGGUGAAGAACCCCGGUCUGCUGCCGGGGAUGAAAACGCUGCGCAGCGGGGCGAUCCGGCGCCGGCGGAGGGAAAUGGCGGCAAUAUUCUCUGGCUGCUGGCGAUCGUGCUUCGAGACAGGCGAUGGAACGGGACUGCACCAUGUCCCCGAGGAUCCGUGGAGCGAGACGGUGGACUACCGGCAGCAGCCGUUCGUGGCGGACGCGAUUAUCGCCAACCCGCCGAGCUUUGCGCAUAUCAGCUGUGCGGAGAAAUUGGGCGUACCGUUGACUCUCAUGUUUACGAUGCCCUGGACGCCCACGCAGGCCUUUCCGCAUCCGCUGGCCAACGUGCGUCCGACGCGUACGAAGCGCUCCGUCGCGAAUUUCGCCUCGUAUGCGAUUGUCGAGAUGAUGCUUUAUGAGGGAUUGGGAGAUCUGCUUAAUAAGUUCCGCAAGCGGGAGUUAGGACUUGAUCCGUUGGACGCCAUUCGCGCGCCGGGUAUUGCUCAGAAGCUUCGCAUUCCGUUCACUUAUCUCUGGUGGGUAGCCUCGAUUUUGUUUGUGAAUUUAAAUACUGACAAAUACCAGGUCACCUGCUCUGCUCCCCAAACCAGUCGACUGGCUAACCAAUGUCGACAUCUGCGGCUUCAGCAUGCUCCCUGCUCCAAGCAGCUACACGCCGCCCGACGAUCUAGUCAAGUUCCUACAAGACGGCCCCCACCCAUCUAUGUCGGGUUCGGCUCCAUCGUCGUCGAUAACCCAACAAAACUAACCAAGAUCGUCUUCGAGGCGAUCGUUAAAACCGGCCAGCGCGCACUGGUCAACAAAGGCUGGGGCAACAUCGGCGCAGGGGAAGCCGAAAUUCCCAAGAACGUGUUCAUGGUCGGCAGCUGUCCCCACGACUGGCUGUUCAAGCACGUCUCGUGCGUGGUCCAUCACGGCGGAGCAGGAACCACAGCAGCCGGGCUUGCGCUCGGCCGACCGACCAUCGUCAUCCCCUUCUUCGGCGACCAGCCCUUCUGGGGCUCGAUAGUGUACCGAGCCGGUGCAGGCCCGGCGCCCAUCCCAUAUAAACAGCUGAACGUGGAGAAGCUCGCCGACGCGAUCAACAAGGCACUCGGGCCGGAGAUGCAAGAGAAGGCAGGCGAGAUCGGGGCGAUGAUGCGACAGGAGAAUGGCGUCAAGUGCGCCGUGGCCAGUUUCCACCGGCACUUGGACCUGGAGACGCUGCGCUGCUCGAUCUGUCCGCAGCGUCCGGCGGUAUGGUGGGUGCGCCACUCGCACAUCAGGCUGAGCACGUUUGCAGCGGCUGUGCUCGUCGAGGCGGGCUUCCUCAAGCCGCAGAAUGUCGUCCUUUACCGGUCGAAAGAAUACGAUACGAACCGCGACCCUCGGGGUCCCCUCUCUGCGGGCGCAGAGGUGCUCUACGGCAUCAUGUCGGAUUUUGUGAUGGUGCUCGCAACGGCGCCGGUGGACCUUGCCGAGGCGAUCUCGCGCCAUCACCAUUACCACAAGAAGCAUGGGUGGCGUCAUAGUCACGACGAGGAGAUCACCUGUGACUGUGAGGCACGGAUAGGGAGGAGUAUGAAGUUAAUGGACGGCAUCCCCCCGGAAGACCGGGUGCGGUCGCAGCUGGGCGCGGUGGCGAGUAUGCGGCGAUCGUCGUCCGCUUCUCCGAUCUCGAGUCCGUCUGGUGAUGCAGAGGAAGAAGAGGAAGAAGAGGACGAAGACGAUGAGGAGGAGCAAGUUGAUGGUGAAACUACGAGUUUUGUCUCUGCUCCCGAUCGGAUAUCCAGGGAUAGCGGGCCAGGACCACGAAGUCGAAUAUCCGACCAGUCCACGAUCCAAUCAGAUUCUACAGACACGCAUGUCGAGAGCGACGAGGACGGUGGUGAACUGGAUCUGGAGAGGACGAUCAGCCGACGGGCGACAAGGGAGGCGCGGGGAGGUAUACAUGUGGUGCUAGCGGAGACUGGCUAUCACGGCAAACGGUUUGGCAAGCGACUGUUGAACUGGGCGAUUACGAUCCCUACCGACGUGACCCUGAGUCUGUCCAAGGGCUUCCACAAUGCGCCGAAGCUGUACCACGACAGGACGGUGGCCAAAACCCCGACGGUGAUGGGUGUGCGGAGCGGGUUUCGAGCCGCUGGAAAGGAAUUCACCCAGGAAUUCUACCAAGGAAUCACCGGCCUCGUCACACAGCCAGCACAAGGUCUGGAGAGAUCCGGCCCAACCGGUCUUGUGAAAGGCAUCGGCAAAGGUCUCGGGGGAGUCAUCCUCAAGCCCGCAGCAGGAUUCUGGGGCCUAGCAGGGUAUCCCCUCGACGGCCUCCACAAGAGCCUGCGCAACUCCCUAUCCAAAAGCAAAAUCAAGGAGAUUCUGUCCUCACGAAUACAGCAGGGGAUUGAUGAGAUGUGCGCGUCUUCCGCUGAUGAGCGCGCCAUGGUGGUGCGGCGGUGGAAAGAGUUGCAGAACUCGCAUGAGGCGAGAGAGAAUGGAGGUGAGAAUGGGAACGGUCAUGCUGAAUGA